UUAGUAAUUUCAGUUUUAGAAAAUAUAUGAAGUUGUGAGGUUGGCUAAGUAAUUGAGUUUGGUGUUGAACAAUGUUAAUGUCGUUCCUAGGUUGCACGGAAACGGAAAUGCUGAAAUGUGUAACAAUAAUUUUUUAUAAGUAUAAAGUUUUGGAGUUUCUAAAAUGGAAACGAAAUGUUGAAAUGUAGGAUUUGAUAAAUUUCCGUGCAAUAUAGUGUAGUGCGGAUGGGUUUUGCGUAUAUUUAGGAUGUGAUGUUCGAUAAGGUUCUUAAAGAUUGCCUCUUUUUGAUUCUCUCCUUUAUUCAUGACUGUAAGCCUGUUAUUUUCUUGAUCCCUCAAUAGGAAUAGAUUGAAGUAGGCCGAGUUGUAGUUAUUGAGGAUCAAUCAAGCUGAGAGAUGUUUAGGGAUUGCGAGAAUGCUGAGAUUGUAACUUUAGAGACAUUAAGCAGAGAGAGGAACUUCAAAUCUGCUGGGAUUUUGAGACAUUGGCAAAUCUCCAAGUUACAAUUUUAAGAUGCAUUAUACCUUGUUUUUUAAGGAUGGCUUCUACGUAAUGAAGCAAUUCGUAUCAGAGCUACUUUGAUCAGUUUAAGCACAUGGAUGCUGAUGCGGAGAAAGUGCUAGAGGUUUCCCCGACACAACCUGAGAACUCAGAUGGAUCUAACUCAAAUAGUUCAAGUCUUGUAUCUCGAUUGAGGAAGCUUCUUUUUCGGAAAAUGCUGGUUGGUAUUAAAGACGGACGUUUUUUCUUGGGAGUAUUUCAUUGCAUUGACAAGCAAGGUAACAUCAUUCUCCAAGACGCAAUAGAAUACAGAAGCACCCGACGAACAUCUCCUUCUCCUAUGGAACAGCGGUGCCUUGGCCUAAUUCUUAUCCCGUCCUCUUGCAGAACGACAUGUCAUGUGGAUUGCUCCAUUGAAGAACAGUUGGCACUGUUAAAGGUUCAGGACUAGGAAGCCGUUUUCCGUUAAGCAGAUUAUAACUGGAAUUUGCUGACAUUCUAGAAUGGAAAUUUUGUCUGUGUUGUUCUAAUACAACUUCAACCUUUGCACAAAUGACUUGAUGAUAAAACAGUUUCGAUUAUGAAUUGUAUCAAUGCCUCUCAUUGUUCUGUUCA